AUGAAAAUAGGAUUAGUUUUACGGAUUUUCUUCUUCUUCUUCUCUACCCUUCUUCUUGUCUCCUCGGGUUUAAACUCUGAUGGAGUUCUCUUGAUGACUUUCAAAUAUUCUGUUCUUCUUGAUCCUCUGUCUUUACUGCAGUCAUGGAGUUACGACCACGACAAUCCCUGUUCGUGGCGAGGCGUGUUGUGUAAUAACGAUUUCAGAGUUGUGACUUUGUCUCUCCCAAACUCUAAGCUCGUUGGCUCGAUUCCUCCCGAUCUGGGUUUCCUCCAAAACCUCCAAAGUCUCGAUCUUUCCAACAAUUUGCUAAAUGGGUCUUUACCGGCUGAGUUUUUCGCCGCCGGUAAGCUCCAGUUUUUAGACCUCUCAAACAACUUGUUCUCCGGCGAGAUCCCACCGACGAUCGGUGAUAUGCACAAUCUCCAGACGUUAAAUCUCUCCGAUAAUAUCUUGGCGGGAAAGUUACCGGCCAAUUUGGUGUCUCUUGGAAGCUUAACGGAGGUUUGUCUGAAGAACAACUACUUAUCCGGCGAACUUCCCGGCGGAUGGAGAUCCGUUCAGUUUCUAGACAUCUCUUCAAAUCUGAUCAACGGUUCACUUCCACCGGAUUUCUCCGGCGACAAUCUCCGGUACUUGAAUGUCUCGUAUAACCAGAUCUCUGGCGAGAUUCCUCCCGAUGUCGGUGCCGGUUUCACUCGAACCGCCACCGUCGAUUUCUCCUUCAACAAUCUAACCGGUUCAAUCCCAGAUUCUCCGGUUUUCCUUAACCAGAAAUCAAUUUCGUUUUCUGGAAACCCGGGUUUAUGCGGAGCUCCGACCCGAAACCCGUGUCCUAUUCCUUCCUCUCCAGCCACCGUCUCCGGCGCUGCCACGCCGACUUCUACGCCUGCCCUCGCAGCUAUACCGAAAACAAUCGGUUCAAAUUCAGAAACCGACCCGAACGGACCGGCUGACAACAACCAAAAUCCCAAAACCGGGUUAAGAUCCGGAGUUAUAAUCGGAAUCGUCGUCGGAGAUGUCGCCGGGAUCGGGAUCCUUGCUUUAAUAUUCUUCUACCUUUACAGAUACAAGAAUAAGAAAAGCCUGGAGAAGAACACACAAAGUUUAGAAGCCAACGAGGUUAAAGACACAACUUCAUUAUCACCAUCAUCAUCAACUACAUCUUCUUCCUCUCCAGAACAAUCCAAUAGAUUCGGUAAAUGGUCUUGUCUCCGUAAAACCCAAGAAAUCGAUGAAACCGAAGAAGAGGAAGAAGAAGAAGAAGGAAAUCAAGGGGGAGGAGAAAACAAAAAAGGGACAUUGGUCACCAUUGAUGGAGGAGAGAAGGAGCUUGAAGUAGAAACUCUGCUUAAAGCUUCAGCUUACAUUUUAGGAGCCACCGGUUCGAGUAUAAUGUACAAAACGGUUCUCGAGGACGGUACGGUUCUCGCGGUUCGUCGGUUAGGUGAGAACGGUUUGAGUCAACAACGCCGGUUUAAGGACUUUGAAGCACAUAUUCGAGCUAUCGGCAAGUUGGUUCACCCGAAUUUGGUUCGUCUCCGUGGAUUCUACUGGGGCACCGACGAAAAACUGGUCAUUUACGAUUUUGUCCCUAACGGCAGCCUCGUCAACGCCCGUUACAGUAAGUCAUCAUCAUCUCACUUUUCUUUCAAUCUCUUUCUCGCUUUAUGA